UUUAGGAAUCGAAGGGUUGGUUCUGAGUUUCUCCGGAGACACAACUGUAUAAACAGCACGGUGACACUCUCCCAUUGACAGAUGUCAGAUCCCGGGCGAUGCCUCCACAGCUUCCGGAAACUCAGGGACUUCGCGGCCAAAGGCUGCUGGGAAGCACAGCUGUCUUUAGCCAAAGCCUGUGCACAUGGAAGCCAGCUGGGACUAGGCGCAAAGGCCUCGGCUGGGGUGGUGCGCCCCCUCUUUCAGACCUCCCGCGCUGUCAGCAAGCAGCAGGUCUUCUCUGUGCAGAAGGGCCUCAGCGACACGAUGAGGUACAUCUUGAUUGACUGGCUGGUAGAAGUCGCCACUAUGAAGGACUUCACGAGCCUGUGCCUUCACCUGACCGUGGAGUGCGUGGACCGGUACCUGCGGAGGAGGCUGGUGCCCCGGUACAGGCUCCAGCUGCUGGGCAUUGCCUGCAUGGUCAUCUGCACCCGGUUCAUCAGCAAAGAGAUCCUGACAAUCCGCGAGGCUGUGUGGCUCACAGACAACACGUACAAGUAUGAGGACCUGGUACGGAUGAUGGGAGAGAUCAUCUCUGCCCUGGAAGGGAAGAUUCGGGUCCCCACUGUGGUUGAUUACAAGGACGUCCUGCUGACGCUGGUCCCAGUGGCGCCGAGAACCCAGCACCUGUGCAGCUUCCUGUGUGAGCUCUCCCUGCUGCACACCAGCCUGGCGGCCUACGCUCCAGCCCAUCUGGCCGCGGCCGCCCUACUGCUCGCAAGGCUGACGCACAGGCAGACACAGCCCUGGACCACGCGGUUGUGGGACCUGACUGGGUUCUCCUGUGAAGACCUCAUACCCUGUGUCCUGAGCCUUCAUCAGAAGUGCUUUCAUGAUGACGCCCCCAAGGACUAUAGGCAAGUGUCUCUGACCGCCGUGAAGCAGCGAUUCGAGGACAAGCGCUACGAAGAGAUCAGCCAGGAAGAGGUACUGAGCUACGGCCAGCUGUGCACAGCUCUGGGAGUGAAGCAGGGCAGCCUGGAGCCCACGUCUUUCCUCAGCACAGGGGACAUCCAUGCCUUCCUCACCUCUCCUUCAGGAAGGAGGACCAAGCGGAAGCGGGAGAACAGCCUCCAGGAGGACAGGGGCAGCUUCGUCACCACGCCCACCGCGGAGCUGUCCAGCCAGGAGGAGAUGCUGCUGGGCAGCUUUCUGGACUGGAGCCUGGACUACUGCUCUGGCUACGAGGGUGACCAGGAAAGCGAGGGUGAGAAGGACGGUGACGUGACGGCCCCCAGCGGCAUCCUUGAUGUCACCGUGGUCUAUCUGAGCCCCGAACAGCACUGCUGCCAGGAAUCGAGUGAUGAGGAGGCCUGCCCGGAGGACAGGGGACGCCAGGACCCGCGCACCUGGGUACCAGGCCCCCAGACGCCUCCAACGCCAGGGCCUGAGCCUCGGCUCUGCAGCACAAGGGAGCCAGGCAGGGACAGUGUGACCUCAGGGUACUCCUCCAUCAGCAGCGCGAGUCCCACAAACUCAGUGGACAGCAUCUCAGGGGGCCCUCCCCAAUCUACCUCAGCGCUGUCCCCAGGCAGCGACUCAAACACACAGCCUUGCCACCACCAUGCCAAGAAGUCGUGUUUACAGUGUCGCUCUCCAAGCCCUCUGGAGAGCAGCGUUCCCCAGGUGAAGAGGAAAAACCUAUCCACCCACAGCAAGGAGGAAGAGGAGGAGGAGGAGAGGGACCUGAGCCGGGCUUGCUGAGGCUGUGAGUGUGCCCGUGCUUCCCGCAGGGAACAUUUGCUAAGGGAGGGCUGCCGCUGCACUAGGGAGCCGUGGGGGCGCUGGAGAUGGAUGCCAUGUGGACCCCAGUGGCUCUCGCACAGGGAACGGAGAGAACACGGGACGCUAAGUUUCUUUCUCCAGGGUAGUCCCAUGUGAGCCGUCAGAAUGUCUGAAUCAGAACAAAAACUCAGAUUCUUCCCUUUGGGAAGCUUAGCCUCAAAGCAAUCAUGCCACACCCUGUGAAGCCCGUUUCUCUGUCCCCUCUUGUGUCUGUCCUGCUCUCUCUGGGGAGCUUGAGCCCACGUCCUGAUCUCCCCAGCCCCACUGAACCCCAUCCCAGGAGCCGACAGCUUUCACAGUUGAGAACACGUGGGACCAGGUGGCCUGGCCCAGCUCCCCUCCCGGCAUCUCUCUGGUUUUGGAUUCUGGGGGGAGCUGACAGGUCUGAGCGCACCUCCGUCCUCAUAUCUCCACCCCCACCCCCCCGCUCCCAUCCUCACUGGGUGCAGGUCCCCUGCUGAGGGAGCCAUGCCCCUGCACACUGCUGUGGACUGCAUGGGACCGCCAGGUGGGGGGCCCUAAUUGCUUUCUUGGCCCUCAGCUCCCUGCCCACCACACUCUCCACUCCUUCAGAAAUCUGUCCCUUCCUGCAGAGUGAUUGGUCUUUGUCCCCAGCAGGUGGUGUCCGUAUGAACACCUCUCUUUGCACUGAAUUUCUAGGCCAUUUCUUUUCCUCUCUAUUUCCAUCCUUUGUUCUUCUAAGAUGGAAAUAAAAGAAAAAUUAAAGAUAGAAGGCAUUAAAUUUUAAAAAGAGAUUCUUAACUUUAUUUAGGCUCAACUAAAGAAAAAAGGAACAUCUGAUUCAGAUCCCUCAGUGCUAUCCUGACACUCUUCCCAGAGAGAUUAGAUGGAAAAAAAUUGUCAUUUGUAACAUCUGAGGUGACCACAGUGCAGAAGAGUGAGACUCAGAGGACCUGUCCCCACCUGUUGGGUGAGGGUGGAUCUGCUGUGGGUUCCUGAGGCUCCCCCACACCUGCCACCUCCUGGGUACAGCAGCCAAAACACCAGCGGGAUCUGCUCUAGACUGACCCCAACCACCCCCCGGUCGGGUGGACCACUGAGACACGUGCCCUGCACGGAUAGCUUCUGCUGCUUCUCGGAACGUCGGAAAGAACCACUGGGCCAGGAGCCAUCCCCCAAAUGCUCUUGAACCCGAGCUCUGUGGAAGGAAGAGAUACUCUGUGGUAGCUUUUCUGGGUGCUUGUGUGUGUGCAAGCGUGGGUGUGGGUGUGUGUGGGUGUGGCUGUGGGAGCUGUCUUCCUGCUACUGUAAAAGAAUUCUGACCACCCCGGUGGCGCACGGUUAAGAUCGCAGAUCUUUCCUGUCAACUGUGCCCCUGGGCAUGUGUGAGCCUCAGUAUCCUCAUCUGUAAGAUGUGGCCAUAGUACCUACCUCACAGGGGUG